AACCGAAGGCUGGAAUAUAGGAAAAACGAAAUGUCGUAAGCAAUUCAAAGAAAAAGCAGAAACCCUCUCUUGUCUUAUCUUACACUCUUUGAUUCAAACAGCUCUUAUUCUUUCUUACGCUCUUUGGUUCUCACUACGACAUUGUUUCAGUGUUCGUGUGUUUAUGAGCGCGACAACAUCAUCAUCAAUUUCGACGGUGGGGAACGUUCACGCGACCAUAACAACUACCGGCAAUAAUAAAAGGCGGUGACGUCAUUGUCAUUAGGCAUCAUAAAAGAUGGUCUUGGUCAAUGCCAUGGAAAGUGAAGAAACAUGGAUUUACGUCUUUAAAUUAUUGAAUUUCGAAGAUCAACUGCGUCUGUCUAGGGUAAGCGCGAAACUCCAAACAAUCUUUGAGUCUCGAAUAUGGAGGGAAAACUAUGAAGUUUUGCAAAUUAAAUGUAAUACGGACGCAAAUGAUUUCGUAGUUGCCAAUGGCAGUGGCGUCAAUCGUGUAUGCCUGAGUUUCGAAAUGCUGCAGGAAUUUCUGCAAGCUUAUGGCAAGAGGGUAAAACAUCUGAUGGUGAAUCGCAUGUCGUCCCCACACUUCAAGCAUUUUACCAAUCUCAAGAAGCUUUCUUUGGUGGAUAUGCGGCUUUCAUAUGCCCAACUUAGGGAGAUCGACAAACAGUACUUUCCCCAGUUGGAGGAACUCCACUUGAGUUGUCUUACCGAGGAGGAGUGCGAAUUCAUAGAGAUAGGCAAAAAUUGGAGCAUAAAGCGCGUGUUGCAGUUGAGGCCGUUGAAAAGGUUACGCCUAGACCAUGAGGACUAUGUGCCUUUGAAAUAUCGCCACUUUCGCAGAUUGGUUACAAAAUUGAAUGUGGAAUGUUUACAGCUAAAGGCCUACAUACAGCCCGAUGGGAGCAUCAUAAAGGCGGACAAUAAGGUCACCAGGCCCUUGCAGCUCAAGGAGUUGGAUAUAGCGGCUUCGUUUGAUGCCUGUCAAUGGUCACAGAAUUUCCCUUGGUUUCUCAGCAAUCUAAGGAACCUCCAUAGUCUGAAAAUCAAAAUAACCCCCCACAAUAUAACUGAGGAGAUUUUGAAUAAAAUCGCCGAGACUUGCCAACAGCUGGAGAUAUUCCAUAUUCACCAUUCGUCUUUUGAGAAUAUUAGCCAAUUUCCCUUGGCGCAUUCGUUGAGAGAAUUACAUUUGAAGCAUUGUCGUGGUUUAACUCUCAACAUAAUCGAAAUGAUUUUAAACUCCAAAACAGAAUUGAAAAAAUUCAGCUGUCAUGAUGCGGACUAUGUAGGUCCCAUGGAAAAGUGCCUACCUAUUUUAAACUCGCUCGAAGCGCUUGAUGUUGAAGGUGUGGCUACUGAAAAAUUCUCAAUGCCCGAACAGCCGCAUGGAAGUUUAAGGGAACUCACCUGGUAUCGUCAGAGCUAUUUCAAAGAUCAUAGAGAUAUUCUGAGUCCCUUAACGCUAACCUUGCAACAGCACUUACACACACUUAAUGUAAAGGAAGGCCAAAUUGCCUUGCGUAUUUUAAGGGAAAUGAAAGCCCUAAGAAAACUCUUCAUGCCGCAUCCCUUUCCGUUGCUUCAGUGGCCUUAUAUUGUGGAGUUACUUAAACAUUCGUCCCUGCUCGAGUUGACAAUACAAACUCCUUUAGGUGCCAGCAGCGAGAAAAAGGCUAAACUCGAAGUACCGCAGCAAGGCUUUGCUAUUCACAUUAAACGCCUGCAGUUGCCUUUGGAUUUGUUGGAUGAAGCCUUGGAUUUUUGGUUGGAUUUGUUAAAGGCGAAUGACCAGCUAUCGUUGAUUUGUUGUAAAUUUGCACCCCAUGAUAUGGAAAGUUUCUUAAAGCGGUUAAUAAAUCAUCCAAAGUUUCCCAAGGCCAUCAAAACUAUGGACAUUUGCUGUUUCACUGUGGACUGCAACUCCUUGCGUUACAAUUAUGAUGAGAUGGUGGCACAUUUACAACGUAUUGUCACCAACUACUAUGGAUACGAAUAUAGUGAUGAGGUGUUCCGACUAAUACUUCAAAGAGGUCACCAAAACGAAAUAUAAAUAUGUUUUGAAUUUGUAGAAUGAAAAUAAAUAAAGCACGUAUUUCCUGUUUUUAUACACAUAAAAAA